AUGAGCACCGACGCCUCCGCGGUGACCCAGUCCCUCCUCCCGGGCUUCUCCCGCCCGACCCGCCCCCGGGGCUUGCUCCUCGCGCUCUUUCUCGCCGACGACCUGCUCACCGUGGCCGGCGACCUGCUCACCGUGGCCGGCGACCUGCUCACCGUGGCCGGCGACCUGCUCACCGUGGUGCUGGUCUCAGCGGACGCUGCCCUGCGGUCCCCCAUGUACUUCUUCCUGCGAACCCUCUCGGCCCUGCAGAUGGGCUGCACGUCCGUCACGGUCCCCCUGCUGCUGCGCCACCUCUCGCGAACGGGCGCCCUCCAGAUGUUCUUCUUUCUCUUUUUCGGUGCCACGGAGUGUUGCCUCCUGGCAGCCAUGGCCUACGACCGCGACGCGGCCAUCGGCGAGCCCCUCCGCUACCCGGUGUAGCUGCGCCGCCGCGUGUGUCUGCAGCUGGCUGGGUCGGCCCGGGUAUCAUCCGGGGGGCUCCUACGGGCGGAUCCCGUCUGCUGCGGCCGCCGCAAGGCCUUCUCUGCGUGCUCCUCCCACCUGGUCGUGGUCUCGCUCUUCUAUGGCACCACCAUCUUUAUCUAUAUUCGCCCUAAGGCCAGCUACGAUCCGGCCACUGACCCUCUGCUGUCCCUCUUCUAUGCUGUGAUCACCCCUGUCUUCAAUCCCAUCAUCUAUAGCCUACGGAACACUGACGUCAAGGCUGCCCUAAAGAGAACCAUCCAGAAAAUGCAGCCUGCAGAUUCAAAAAUGGGCUGGUGA